AUAUACACAUGUACCUGGAUUUCAUUAUUGUCUGAUCCCUGUUGUUCUAUUGUGUAAAGAGAAGAAGCCGAGAAGAGAAGAAGAAAGAUGCAGGAUUUGAUGGGCAAAGCGAAGAAUUUUGUUGCAGAAAAGGUGGCUGACAUGGAAAAACCAGAAGCCGACAUUACAGAUGUGGAUCUUAAGGAUGUUGGAAAAGAGGGCAUAACGUAUAUGGCUAAUGUUUCCAUUAAAAAUCCAUACAGUGCUUCUAUUCCCAUUUGCGAGAUCCAUUACUCCCUCAAAAGUGCUAACAGAGUGAUAGCUUCUGGUAACAUUCCGGACCCUAGGAGCUUGAAGGGGAAUGAUACGACCGUGGUCGAUGUGGAAAUAAAGGUUCCACACAGUGUGUUGGUGAGCUUGAUAAAGGACAUAGGUGCAGAUUGGAUAUCGACUAUCUUUUGGAAAAUGGGACUUGUUAUUGACUUGCCACUUGUUGAUAACAUUACGAUUCCCCUCUCUAAAAAGGGUGAAAUGAGGUUACCCUGUUUUGCCAACCUCUUCAAGUGA